GAUCAAAAGAGAACACGUUGAAAGCGCUCAGAUAUUUCGCCGGUGCUCAAGGUCGAUUGAUCGCCCAACCUGUUUUAAUUAUUUCGUACGAGUCACUUCGAACUAAUAUUGAAGUGUUAAAGAACACAAAAAUUGGCUUGCUAUUGUGCGAUGAAGGACAUCGACUCAAGAAUUCAAAUUCGCAAUUAUUCGUGGCAUUAAAUUCACUUCAGGUUCAGAGAAGAGUUAUUCUAUCCGGUACACCAAUACAGAAUGAUUUAUCAGAAUAUUUUUCACUUUUGAACUUUGCCAAUCCUGGACUUCUUGGAACUCCCAAUGAAUUUCGCCGAAAUUACGAAAAUCCCAUUCUCCGUGGGCGCGACGCUAAUGCUUCCGAAAAAGAAAGGGAAAUUAGUGAUCAAAAGCUAGGUGAACUAUUGGAUGUUGUGAGCAAAUUUAUAAUCAGAAGGAACAAUGACAUUUUGUCUAAAUAUUUGCCUGUUAAGUUCGAGCAUGUAGUAUUCUGUCGUUUGAGUGAAUUUCAAGUGUCUCUGUACAAUAAAUUCCUUGGUUCAUCUGAUAUUCAAGGACUUCUUCGAGGCACUAUGUCACAACCACUUAAAGCUAUUACUUUUCUUAAGAAAUUAUGCAAUCAUCCGGACCUACUCAAUCUUACCAACGAACUUAAAGGGUCCAAAGAUUGUUUUCCAGCAAAUUACUCAUCAAGGGAUAGGAGAAGAUUAUUCCGACCAGAGCUUUCAGGGAAAAUGCUUGUGUUGGAUAGAAUGUUGGAAAAGAUCAAAAAAGAGACAAAUGACAAGAUUGUAUUGAUCUCUAACUAUACUCAAACAUUGGAUCUUUUCGAACAGUUGUGUAGAUCCAAAAAAUACGGUUGUUUGCGUCUUGACGGAUCUAUGCCAAUAAAAAAGCGACAGACUCUUGUUACCAGAUUUAACGAUCCACACAGCCCCGAGUUUGUUUUUCUAUUGAGCAGCAAAGCUGGUGGAUGCGGCUUAAAUCUCAUCGGCGCUAACCGCCUAGUUUUAUUCGAUCCUGAUUGGAAUCCCGCAUCUGAUCAACAGGCUUUGGCACGUGUUUGGAGGGAUGGACAGAAGAAAGAAUGCUUUAUAUAUAGGUUCAUUUCAACUGGAACUAUCGAGGAGAAAAUUUUUCAAAGGCAAUCACACAAGCAAUCUCUAUCUUCCUGUGUUGUUGAUGAGGAAGAAGAUGUUGAAAGAUACUUCACGUUUGAAUCGUUGAAGCGUCUAUUUCUUUUUGAUCCGGAUACUAUGUGUGAUACACACAGCACUUUUAAAUGCCUUAAAUGUGAGAAUGGUGUACAAACGAGGCCCGGAGAAAGUAUGACUUACGGUGACACGAACACCUGGGAUCAUUUCACUGGCGGUGAUGAUCUUACCAAGAUUCACGACGACAUUCUCAAAUUAGAGGCAAAUCGAGGCAUCGUUUCAUACGUAUUUCAAUAUAUGUCUCA